AUGCAACGUCACACAGUCGGUGAUCCGGUGGAGCGGUUUCUGAUGUACCAGAGUGCGCGCUACAUUCACUUUGCACUGUUGGUAGUGUUGGACCUGGAGACCGUCAUCCAGGACGACAACCAGCCAGAGGUCAUCCACGCGUACUGCGUGUCCCUGCGUGAGCGUAUCGUGAGCCAACGCGCGAAAUUCAACGAGCGCAACGGGUACAGCGAACCUCCGACCCUCGGCCUCAGGAUUGUGGGCGUGGACUCUGAUAGUAGAAAACACACCGCUGCAACACCGUCCACGGGGCCUACCACUCACACCCCGGCCAGUGCGGCGCUGGGCAUGCGCAGCACUCAUUUCACACAGCGACAGCCCAGUGCAGUGCAGUCGCUGUCUGAGGACGAUCUCAAUGUACGUCCCUCUGCGACAGCCACCACAACAGCCAGUGAUAGGAGCGGGUUUGGAAUGACAUCGAAACUCCGCAGAACGAAUCUGAAGUACAAAAAGAAAAAGAGACCGCAACACCCCCCACAGGCCACGUCACUGACCGAAGGCGUUGGGACACAAGGCGGCAGCGGAGAUGCCGUAGGCACAAGGUGGGUAGGCAUUGGCGGUCGCGUGACUGUGUACUAG